CUAUUAUCGAUCGUUUUUCCUAGGCUGUGCAUUUUGUUCCGCUUUCAAAACUCCCCUCAGCUCUGGAGACGGCGAACCUGCUGGUCCUGCACGUGUUCCGGUCUUCGCCUUGCCCGCUGGAUAUAUUUUGAGUUCCCCUUUUUUGACAAUAAACCGUGGAUUGUCCGUACUGUCUCUGCAUCCGGGGUCCAAACUAACAUUUCCGCUAACCGUAACAAAAAACUGGCAUGAAUGGGCAUUAACACAACGUCUGAGAAGGACGUUGUGCAUAAGUAUACAAAAUAUUUGUAUCUCAAGAGGCCUAAAUAUCUGUACUAAUGUGAAUGACUUGGCCCUGUCUGAUCACUACUGUGUCUUUUUCUCUGCUUCCAUAUACCCACAAACAAGCAGCAGACCACUGAUGGUAGAAAAAAUAAUUAUUGACAAGAACACAAGUGUCGUUAUCGAGCAAGCUUUAUCAUCAUCCACAAAUCUGACACAGGGUUCUGUAGGCCAAAAUGAUCUAAUGGACAAUAUUUAACUCAAGGAUGAUUCGGAUUAUGGAUCAAAUUGCUCCAGUAAGGACUAAAACAGUCUAAAACAAACUGGUGUCCCCAUGGAUGAAAAACACAAUGGUUAAAAACUUCAAAAAGAAUGAGGGAAAACGGAAAAAAAAAGGAAGUGGAGCAAAACCAAACUUCAUUUCCACCAUCAGAUACACAAAGAUAUGCUGCGUAGAUAUAACUCAGAAAUAUGCAAGGCAAGGCGGUCUUUUUUCUCCAACACCGUAAAUAGAGAUAUGAACAAUGCUCGGGUAUUCAGUUGUGGAAAAGUUAACAAAUCCCCCUCACAACUAUGCCUGAGCUUGCUACAAUUAGCAAAUGCAAUGAGUUUGCAAACUUUUGAAGGGUAAAAUUUAUCAGGCAGAAUAUUUCGUCUCAAUUAGAAAAAGGCAAACCUUGAACCACUUAUAAAGACUUGAACAAUUAAUGUCAUGUCAGAGUUUAUUUUAAUUGAUUCUGAAACUCUUGAAAAAAUGUGUGAAGCCUCAGCUCUUCCACCUGCUUUAGAUACUCUGCCCUCCAACUUCUUAAUAUCUGUUCUUCACCUCUUGACAGCUGCUUCAAAUCAUCAAUACAUCGUUGCAGAAUGGCUUGUUCCCUAAAUCACUGAAUACAGCUGUUGUCAAGCCCCUACUUAAAAAGAAAAAUGUGAUUCCCUCUAUCUUAAACAACUAUGACAAAUAUGCAACUAACCAUUCAUUGGCAAAGUCAUCAAUCUUUUAUUAUUAAAUCAACUAACCACAUUUCUGACACUAAAUAAUUACUUUGAUAUUUUCCGAUUAGGUUUUCGUUCUAAUCACAGUUCUGAAACAGCUAUAAUUAAGGUUACAAAUGACAUACGUGCAUGGAUGGACUGGGACAAUAAUCUUGCCCAAGACUUUGGGAUGGAGAGGCCUUUCAUGAGACCGCGGGAAUAGCGUGUGUAUAAUUGUGCCACUGUGUAAAAUAAUAGGAACUAGUACUUAACCGUGGAUAUGUGCUUUGCAAAUACAUGUCAAUGUUGGGAUGUGCGUGUGGUUAGAAAUGUGUGAGGACCACAGGGUAAUUAUAUAAGCAAUCUUGUCCAUGAAAAACUUCCAUGUGCCUACAAAGGGUGAACAAAUAGUGGAUUUGCAUCGGCAAAAAAUACUGAGCAGAACAAAGAAUCUUUCUUACAGCAUGUGACAUGCUGUACUGUUCUCCCUGAGCGUAGAGAGCUUUUAGCUCUCUACGUUAUCGCAGCAAGCCAAACUCAGAUAUAGCACACUUGGGCCAGGAUCGGAGCGUCUUGCUCCCUUUAUUUCCUCUUUUAUAUUGUGUCAAUACCACGAGUGAAACUGUAACAGAAACAACACAAAACCUUAGUUUCCCUUACAGCACAAGUUGCUAAUAAACAGAAUGGAAUGAACCUAGAAAGAAUAACUAGGACUACGCGCCGAAAGUGAGCCCGCUCAUAGCAACAAUAGGCUAAUCUGACGCAGGCGCACACUUUACAUUAGCUCAUUAUCUAGUUAACUAAACAUCACGUUUUUAGAAUACUAGACAUCUUCAUACAUUACAUACUGCAUUAAAAACGUACAGCCAUUGCUUUCAUGACCGUGAGAAGGGAAGAGAACAUUCACCAAAUGACCGACUGUCUUUCUUACUGAGCUACAGUUGCAACAAGUAUAUACAUCACGUAACCUAUUUUCGUAUUUUCCUGUGACUUCAGAGGAAGGUAAACGGGAAGUGACCCUGCUGUGUGUCAGGCUGAGUCAAUCAGAUUCGACUGAACACGGAGCAGACCGACUGUCUUUCUUACUGAGCUACGGUUGCAACAAGUAUAUACAUCACGUAACCUACUUUAAGGGUGCACUCACACUAGGCCAUCUGGCCUAGUGUGACUUCAUGUCAAAGAUGAUCUGAAGAUAUUCAUUCAUGCCUUUAUCUGCUUGACUACUGCAAUGGCCUCUUUACAGGCCAGAACUCUCACAAAAACAAAAAGAACCAACCAUAUUACCCCAAUACUAAAAUCCCUACACUGGCUCCCAGUUUAUUACAGAAUCAUUUUCAAAGUGCUGCUGCAGGUUUUUCAAAUCUUUAAAUGGGAUAGCACCCGACUAUAUAGCUGAUUUGCUAUAUAGUGAUAGAUACCAUCAAGACCACUGAGAUCGAAAUGUGCAGAUUAAACCAGGCAGAACAAAACAAGGUGAACCGGCUUUUUUCUGUUAUGUCUAGUAAACUUCCUGAACACAUAAAAGUGCCCCCACAGUUCCCAUGCUCUUUUACCUAUUUUUUUUUAAUGUAUGCCUACCUGCACUUUUAACCUCCCUCUGAAUUCUUACUUUAUAUAUUAUUAUUUGUAUAUUUCUACACUAUGAUUUUUUAUGCUUACACUUGCCUUUUUUGAUUGUAUUGUUUAUUUUGUUUUAAAAAUAUAUCUUUUGAUAAGCACAUUGAGUUGCACUUGCGUAUGAAAUGUGCUAUAUAAAUAAACUUACUGCAGAUCAAAACUGACCUUACCGUACCUAUCUGUUAACUUACUUUCCAAACCCUAGGUUAUGGUUUGCCCUAACCCUAAGCUACUAACCUAAUUUCCUGUUAACCUACUUUUCGAUGUUGUAGUAUGAAAGCCUCUCCCCUCCCCUUUAUGUGUCUCAAUAGGACCAACUCGGUUACUUGAUGCACUUGACUCCGUGUGUAGGUUUUCAGCUCCGAGCGUGCUCAUCCUCCAGUCGGUGCGCAUGCAAGCAGAAUGGAAGGUGGACUGUCAGUAGAUUAGACACGUCGUCGUCAAAGAAGUGGGGAUAACAGGAACGAAAAGCGAGGCAACAGAAAGAUGCCCUCAUUUGGAAGAGCAGGUUUGAUACUGCUGCUGUCUCUUGUUAUCUUCAGUGGAAUAGGCUUCCGCUGGCUCUCUUCAUAUGAUAUGGUAGAGGUCAAGAUUGAAGCCCCGAUGAAAAAGUGGUCCCCGCCCACUGGUCAAGUGAAGCUUGCGGCUUCCUGCACUUGCCCAGCGAAGUCACAUGAUCUGGCAGGGAGCAUUCCCACUGCCAACCGAGAAGACAUUCAGAAACGACGGGCAGAGGAGUACAAGAAGCACCAGGCUAGAACAAGCUCCAUUUUGAACACACUCCUCUUUGCUCCAUCCAACUCUCCACUGCAGUAUCCCAUUCAGGGUUUCACAGUACGCCCCUUGGUCCCCACUCUUAUUCCAGGUUUAGCGUUGCACGGGGUUCAAAGAAGCAGCUAUAAGGUAUCACUACAGGUCACCAAAGGUGUCCUCAGUCUAGGGAGCCAGAGUGAAGCACUAAGUGUCAAAGGUGGCGGAAAGAAAAUGCUGGUCUUGGAGAAGCUCAGCUUAGAGGAACUCAACAAACUUCUGGCGAAGGUCACCUACACCAUUCCUGUGUACCACAUACACACCGGAGACCUGGUUCACUUCUCGUUUGAGCUUCAUGAAGCUGUGUUCCCCAUCGCCAUUCGGCAACCAACCGUACCUGUUCUAUUCGACAUGGGAACAAACAUUAGCGACCAAGUGACAGUCACCACCAAGACCUUUAUGCGUUACAAAGAGUUGAAGGUCCUCAUAAGAAGCCUCAGGCAAUUCUACAAAGACGUGGUGCUCAUCGUAGCCGAUGACAGCUUUACUCCAGAAAAGAUCACAGAAGAAAAUGUUCUGCAAUACAUCAUGCCUGGGGGACAGGGAUGGUUUGCCGGCAGAACCCUGGCUGUCUCUCAAGUCACCACCAAGUACUUUCUUUGGGUGGAUGACGACUUUCUAUUCACUGAGAAAACAAAGAUAGAGGAUCUGGUGGAGGUGAUGGAGGCAACACCAGAGUUGGAUGUGGUUGGGGGUUCGGUUUCUGGGAACCAGUUCUACUUCUCCAUCGCCUAUGAGGAAGGCGAUGGAGUCACUGGAGGCUGUAUGGACAGGAAGUCCAACAUAAAGUUCCAAUCACUACCAAAUUACCCACAAUGCUCCAUAGUCAAUGGGGUGGUCAACUUCUUCCUGGCUCGUACCGACGCUGUGAAUCGAGUGAGAUUUGACCCCAAGCUGAAGAGAGUGGCACAUUCAGAAUUCUUCAUGGAUGGUCUUGGCCAGUUGAUGGUUGCUUCGUGUGGCCAUGUUUCCAUUGGCCAUCAGCCGAGAGGGGCCCAUGCUCAAUAUAAUCAGUUCAGACACCCUGGAAAGGGUGAUGUGCAGUAUAAACUACAGCUGCACUACUACAAAAACCAUCUACAAUGUCUCCACUACGGAUAGGAAGAAUCCCGACGGAUCCAUUCGCUAUAAGAGAAAGUUAUCUUCCAGUACUAUGCAUGUUUUCCCAUAAACAACCACUAUUGGCUUGAGUUGUUGCCACAGUAAUAGCUUAAUCAUUUUCAGGGUUAGGGUUAGGUUUAUGUUGUAUAGAUAUUUAUAUCUCUGUCUUUCAGCAAAUUUCUGUAGAAAAGUGACAUAGUGCGGGUUUAAAGCUGUAGUAUGUAAUUUUGUUUCAUUAAUGCUUUUUUUUUAUUUAGAAGUAAAGACACUUAUGUAAAAAAGACACUGGUAAAAGUACUGAUUCAGCCUCUUUAUUGAUGUAAAUCUCCCUUAAAUAAGGCCACGGAUUUGGAAUGUCUUGUCACUGCUCUAAAUCUGCUCCGUCUGCAUUGUUUGCUGGUUUACUUUUAUCCAUCCUCAAUCAUCAGCUACUAAUUCUCCAAUAGAUGCCAUUUCUCUGCCAGGAAGUCUCCCUCGCCCCCCUUCGAAUAUAAUCACUGAUGGUGUGGGAUAAUUGAACUGUACCCUUAGAAGGAUAUUAAUCAAUAUCUUGCCUUAUGUGCUAUAUGAAUAGGUUCUUGCUUCUUUGAAAUCAUUGAAUUGUCAUUGAAUGUUCCGUGCCAGCAGUAUUUAGUAAUAUUCAGGCCUGGGGACCAAUGUGAAACCAAGGCAGCUUCACCCAGAGGGAUUCAGAUAGACAAAGCGUCGAUACGGUUUGUAUAAGGACAGGUUACAACUCUGGUAUGAAGAGUUUGCAAAGGUGUCUCCACGGCUUUAAUAAACAAGAUUGUCAUGUACGUUCUUUGUCUUCA